UUUUCUUGUCACCAUCACCAGUCUUGCUUGUUUCCAUCCCAGUUGAAUUCCGAGUUGGUUUUUGGAGAUGGCUACUUCCCUUGUGUCUUACGGGAUAGUCACGCGGAAAGCUACGCGAGUGAAGAGUCGUCACAAGAACCUUCUCCCUGCAAGACCUCCGAGAAUCAUUUUGGAUACGCUUUUUCACGCCGCCCUGUGUCAUCGACAUGCUCUGCGACGAACAUAAUAAGCUCAGUCUUAUGCCACGUAUGGCAGCAGCAGCAGAAGCGAUACCGUGUGAUAACCUCUUGACGACUAAUUCCGUGUUAUUUUGUCGUCGACUCAAAAGGCAGCCCGUGUUAUUCGAAGAACCCGGCGCAGAGACGUGCGCACGAUUCGGCAUCACUCGUCUUCAAGUGGCAUGCUCAAAACCGUUCUUGCAUUCAUGCUCCAUCUGUGUCUUCUCGUAUGCUGACAUAUUUCUAGUCUGCUUGUGCAGGUGUGGUAUCUAUAGCAGUUCGUGAGGAUAUUUCCAGUCACUGCAACAUACCCUGCACAGUUACUGGUGCAUCGUCCUUGUCAAUGUUUUGCCUGCAGGUGAUGCAAGGUGUGUGGGCUUGCAAUGGUUAACCUUCCAGCUAUUUUCCAGUCUACGAUUCUACUCCUUGCAGUGAGUGGUACUCUGUCCGUGUUUUUACGUGUUUAUGCCGUUGUGCCGUCUAUCAGCUGACCUGCUUACAUUGUGUUGUUCAGACCGUCCUUAGUUCAUGCAAAUUCGUGGGAAUACUCAUUCGUCAAAGCAGCAGCUUAUUCAUCUUUCUGCAGCAUUUUGUGUAGAAUGAUCCAUGCGAGAUCUGCCACUGGUCCUGUCAGUGUGUACUGUCAUGCUGUGAAAGUUGAGAUUGUGUGUUGCAACUGAGGUUGACCUGUCAUGCAUCU